AUCACAACAACGGGAGAGAGCAGCGCAGCAAUAACAUAACCAGAAGGCGAUUGCAGGUUGCACGUUUUUUUGUUCAAACGGCUAAACAUGAUAAGCCCGGCCAGAACAUAAUACAUAUGCCUUAAACUUCCGUCAAAACGAUAGGCAGAGCCUCGAAAUACUAAAUUCCCCAAGUUCAAAGGCGACAAAUAUGACAAAUAUAAGUGUGUGAGAACUUACAGUAAUAGCAGAGGAACAUUACUAGCUGAGAAGCCGCCGCCGCACCUGCCUGAGUGCUGUUGUUAUGCAAGCAGACCAACGGAACGGCAGACGCAGGCACCUACUAAAUUGAAUUAGCCGGUAUGCUGCUCAAUCGAUUUGUGCUAGCCAUCAAGAACCAGUCCAGGGAGACGCUGCGCGCGUGGAGCUACCAAUGCGAGUCGAUCUUCGCUCAGCGGUCACGCCGCAUCCAGCAGCUUCUAAGCUUCUACCAGUCGGUAUACGGCACCCAAGGACUGAAACAACUGUGGCGUGCAUACUAUCGUCGGGAGUUGCAACCUCCGAUCCGGGGCAUGGUGCUCAGUGUAGUGGGCCUCAUAGGCCUGAACAUCAAAAGGCUGGGCGGCGACGGCUUCGACUGGAACAAGGAACGGCUGGCCCUUUCCAAUUUCGACCUGUGUCGCCGAGACAUUGAGUUCAUCAACACGCUGCCCCACAACAAGCUCUGUGAACGCUGCCUAGCCAAAAAGAUGAAAUACUGCUAUUGCCAGCUGGGAAACCUCCGAUGCCCCAAAAGCCAAACAAAGACUACGGCGACAGUUCCGACAAACAAGGAUGCGGAAGUGGACCCAGAGCUCAGCAAACGCAUUUGCAACCAACCUCUGGAAAUAGAAGUUCAUGACGCACCGGCAGGGACUGUCCACAUUCAGGCCCAGGACGAGCACGAAUGGGAGCCUUAUUUCAGCAAGAAUGAGUUCAGCAUCUGGCGCCGGGAGGAGCGCUCAUCGAUGUAUUCAUACAAGGUAUAUGCUCGAUAUGAUGAUGUUACAGCCGACGAUUUUCUACAUGUGCAAACUGAUUUGGACUACCGCCGCCAGUGGGACGACACGGCAUUGAGAUUGGAACUAAUAAGUGAGGAUCCUGUGCCGGGCAGUAAUUCGCAUCUCAUCUACUGGGAGAUGCAGUGGCCGCGACUAUUUGCUAAUCGCGACUACGUCUAUUGCCGGCGUUUUAUCAAGGACGACAACAAAAAUAUUAUAUUCAUCUGCAAUCGAAAUGCCACUCACAGCAAGUUCCCGAAACUGCCUGGAAAGGUGAGAGUGACCGACUACUGGAGCUUGAUGGUAAUCAAGCCCUUCCGUGGGUUCCAGGAGCCGGGACUUCACUUUGUGCUAACGUAUUACGACGACCCAGGCAUACCCAUACCGCAGAACGUCAAGUCCUGGGUGACGCAGAAGCAGAUGCCCGAGUUCUUAACCAAAAUGUAUUUGGCCACCAAGAACUAUGCCUACUCCCGGGCUAUCAAGAUGAAGGACAUGUUCAAUGGCUUCGCCCUGAUCAACGAAGAGUAUACGGCGAAUGCGCAACGGGGCAGCUGGCUAGGUAGCUUGGGCCGCCGGCCUAAGAUGGCCAGUGACUCAAAAGCAGAGCGCUGAAAUCGUCAAUAAAAGUUAUCUUUCGCCUUUCCACUGA